AAAUGAAUUAAUGAUCUGUUUCACAGUUUGCGUUAUUAAAAGUAAAUGGCCACUAAGAAAUUAUCAUUAGAGGAAAACAAGAAUGAAUUUUCAAAAGGUUUGAUAGAGUGCGAAAAAAACAUGGCUAAGGAAAUGCAAGAAGACGACGACGACGAGCUUAAGGAAAAGGUCGAACGAAACGAACUUACAAAGGCUAUGCUUUCUGAUGGCGAAACUCUAUCUACUGGUGAUAGUGGCCGAACGUAUUACUCCAUAUUAUUUUCUAUUUCUAUUUUAUCAUUAAUAUCGAGGCUGUACAACAUCGAUAAGCCCUCUCAUGUUUGUUGGGAUGAAACUCACUUUGGGAAAAUGGGGAGCUGGUACAUAAAGAGGGAAUUCUUCUUUGAUGUUCAUCCACCUUUAGGAAAGAUGCUGGUUGGACUUUUUGGUAUUUUGACUGGUUAUGAUGGGGAAUUCCCUUUCGGAAAGCCUGGUGAUGAAUAUGGUGAAACAAAUUAUGUCGGAAUGAGGGUGUGUUGUGCUAUUAUGGGAGCUGCUUUAGUUCCCCUGGCGUACAUGUCAGUCUGGCUUUUGACUAAAUCUCUCAUGUCAUCACUUUUUGCAGCACUUUUGAUCUUGUUAGAUGUUGGGACAUUGACUCUUUCUCGACACAUCUUACUGGAUCCAAUAAUGAUGUUCUUCAUUAUGAUGUCAACUUAUUGUCAACUUAAAUUUCUCUCAUAUCAUAACAGACCAUUUUCGAUACCCUGGUGGAUUUGGUUAGCCUUAACAGGAACAUUUUUAGCAGCAUCAAUAGGAGUAAAGUUUGUGGGUUUAUUUAUCAUUUUAUUUGUGGGAAUGUCCACUAUUCAUGACCUAUGGAGAAUAUUAGGAGACAAAACCUGUUCUAUGGCAGCGGUUGUGAAACAUUUCAUUGCUAGAGCACUGUGCCUUAUUGUACUACCUGUGUUAAUGUAUAUUGCAAUAUUUGCCAUCCAUCUCAAAAUUCUGAAUCACAGUGGCAAUGGAGAUGGAUUUUACAGCUCGGCAUUUCAGUCACAGCUGAUUGGCAACAGAUUGUACAAUGUUAGCAUGCCAGAAAAUGUGGCUUAUGGCAGUGUAAUAACUUUAAAGCAGAGGAGAACAGGAGGGGGCUAUCUCCACUCCCACUGGCACCUGUACCCUGAUGAACACCCUCCCAGACAACAACAGAUAACCACAUAUGCACAUAAGGACUUCAAUAAUGAAUGGAUAAUUAAGUUGGCUGACAGAGAACCAGAACCAGGAGACCCGGCUCAGCUGGUUGUGUCUGGUGAUCUGGUCAGGCUGGAACACAAAGAAACCAGAAGAAAUCUUCAUAGUCAUGCAGAGCCAGCCCCUCUCAGUAAAAGACAGUUCCAGGUGUCAGGCUACGGUGUGAAUGGUACGGGGGAUGCUAAUGAUGUCUGGAUUGUAGAAGUAUUGGGAUCUCCUCCAGGUACCGCCAUCCAAACAGCAAAGUCACGCCUGCGUUUUAUCCACUAUCAUGUCAAAUGUGUUCUACACUCCCAUGAUAAGAAACUCCCAAAAUGGGGUUGGGAGCAGCUUGAAGCUACGUGUAAUCCAAACAUCAGGGAACCAAAAGCUGUGUGGAGUGUAGAAGAAGUGACAGACAAAAGAUUACCAAAUGCCAGUUUUGAAAUUUAUUCACCUUCAUUUAUGGAGAGAUUUAUGGAAAGCCAUGCAGUAAUGACACAGGGAAACAGUGGAUUGAAGCCAAGAGAAGGGGAAAUAACCUCCAGGCCUUGGCAAUGGCCCAUAGAUUACAGGGGACAGAUUUUCUCAGGGAAGGACCACAGAAUUUACCUGUUGGGGAACCCUGUCAUUUUCUGGGGAUGUCUGGUGGCCCAUGCAUUGUUUAUUGUUUACUUUUUGGCUCACUCAAUAAAAGCACAGAGGGGACAUAGUGAAAAUAAAAUCUGGAGAAAUCACAAGGAGAACAUGCUGGCAGCCUGCUGGUGGCUCCUCCUGGGGUGGGCUCUGCAUUAUCUCCCCUUCUGGCCAAUGACUAGAGUACUUUACUUCCACCACUACUUCCCGGCCUUCCUCUUCAGUGCCAUGUUAACAGGAGUGAUCCUGGACCACACAGUGAUUUUACUGAUGACCUUGGGCCCAGAGAGCCUGGCAGGGACAGUGUUCCACAUUAUUGUGGGAUCUCUGAUAUCAGGACUUCUACUUAGCUUUUACCUAUUUUCUCCAUUGACAUAUGGUAUGGAUGGUCCAAUGGCCCACGAAGAAGGAAGCAAUAUAGCAGGAUUAAAGUGGCUGAACUCCUGGGACAUUUAAGAAGAAUGAUUAGAAGCAUGAGUGAUCUGAUUGAGCAGUGCAAAAUUUAAGAUUGGUCUAUUUUUCUGAAAAAUACCUAAGAUAUUAAUUGAACCCACUAGUCCUGUUUUCCAGUAACUGAACUUUUGGUGGAGACUUUAUGAUUGAAAAUGAAAGCAGAAAAUCUGUUCUUUAUUAUAGAAUUUUGAUAUACCAGGGUAAUGUCAAUUGAUAGGUAACUGUACAUUGACAGGGCCAUAUAUCAAACUUUUGAUAUGUAAAUGUACCUUUAAAUUUUUUUUUUAUUAAUAAAUGUAUGUGUUUUAUGUAAAAGAUAUUGAAUAAUGCAUUCCAAACAAAUUUUUGGUAUU